AUGACGGGAGUAGCAUCAGAGCAAGAGGUGCAGGAGGCGGGGGAGCAACCGGUGGAAGUCUCGCGUAACGUGGAAGAAGCGGAAGCGGGGGAAAAAUCAGGAGGAAGCGCGGCUCCGGUGGAAGAGGCGGAAGCGGGGGGAGAAUCCGAGGGAAGCGCGGAUCGGGCGGAUGAUGAGGGGGCUUUGUUAGGCGAAGGGGAAGAGAGAGAGGAGGAGGACGGAGAGGAGGGGGAAGAGGGAGAGGAAGAGGAGGGAGAGGAAGAGGAGAGGGAGGAGGGCGAGGAGGGAGAGGAGGAAGAGGAAGAGGAGAGGGAGGAGGGGGAGGAGGGCGAGGAGGGCGAGGAGGGCGAGGAGGGGGAGGAGGGCGAGGAGGGGGAGGAAGGGGAGGAAGAGUAUAUGGAGGGGGAGGAGGGGGAGGAGGGUGAGGAGGGUGAGGAAGGGGAGGAAGAGUAUAUGUUGAAACUUGACGACUACGCCCGCUCCUUCGCCCCCAUAGUUUGGGAACCCAAAAUCACCCUUCCCUCCACUUCCUCCUCCACCUUCUCCUCCUCCUCCUCCUCCUCCUCUCCCUUCUCCCUAUCCUCCCUCUCCUCCUCCCUCUUUUCCCCCUCCCUUUUCUCACACUCUCGCCACAAAAUCAAGCCUGCUAAAGCUAAACCGCCCCCUCAAAAACCCGGCGCUGGUGCUGACGUGGCAAGGGGCAAGACUGACGUGGCGAGGGGGAAGAGCACCGGCAUCAGGGGAGUCACUGUAGCCACGACUGGGUCGGCACGGAUCGUCUUGCGGGAAGCUUCCGAACUGGGCGGCAUUAGAAGCACGACUGGGAUUCGAUUGUCUGUUAUCAAACAGAAAGAGAAGGAGGGAGGGGAGGGGAAGGGAGGUAAGGGAGGGGAGGGAGGAGAGGGGAAAGGGAGCGUGGGAGGAGGAGGCGGAGGGGGAGGAAGGGGAGGUGGGGAAGGGGAAGGGGGAGGGAAGGGGAGGGAGAAGUGGGUGGAGGGGCAGUUGCAGGUGCCCCCGAAGGACCCUCACAAGCUGGCGCAGAUUGCACGCAAGAACAAACCCAACACCGCCGGACCGAAAUGGUACGACCUUCCUGCACCGGAUAUAACUCCUGAGAUCAAGACAGAGCUUCAGUUGCUGCGGAUGAGGAACGUUCUAGAUCCCAAGAGACAUUAUCGAUCGGCAGACUCUAAGAAGCUUCCGACACACUUUCAGAUAGGCACAGUGGUGGAGGGAGCAGCAGAUUUCUACAGUAGCAGGCUGACGAGGAGGGAGAGGAAGCAGAGCUUUGCAGCAGAGCUGUUGCAUGAUGAGGACUUGAAGAAAUACAGGAAGCGCAAGUUCCUGGAAAUUGCGGAGGAGAAUCAGCGCAAAGGCAGGAGGCACCUGGUGAAGAAGCAGGACAGGAAGAAUCCCACGUGGGCCAGAGCAGCACCUAAGUGA